AUGAUGAAUUCGCUAGUGAUAUAAUCAACCUUCGCAUGAAAACCGAUGACUUUGAGCACAUCAAGGUAAUAGGUCGGGGUGCCUUUGGAAAAGUCCAACUAGUCCGUCACAAGUACACCAGACAGGUGUACGCUAUGAAGAGGCUGAGCAAGGCCGACUUAAUCAAACGCUCCGACUCGGCGUUCUUCUGGGAAGAACGCCAUAUCAUGGCCCACGCAAAAUCCGAGUGGAUCGUACAGUUACACUUUGCAUUCCAAGAUGCGAAACAUUUGUAUAUGGUGAUGGAUUACAUGCCUGGCGGUGACAUCGUCAACUUGAUGUCAAACUAUGACAUACCCGAAACGUGGGCUAAGUUUUACACGAUGGAGGUGGUGUUAGCAUUAGACAUUAUACACUCUAUGGGUUUCGUUCAUAGAGACGUCAAACCUGAUAAUAUGUUGCUGGAUAAGUACGGCCAUUUGAAGUUGGCCGAUUUCGGCACUUGUAUGAGAAUGGAUGAGGAUGGUCUCGUUAGGUCUAACAACGUGGUUGGCACACCUGAUUAUAUUUCGCCGGAGGUGCUUCAGAGCCAUGGAAAAG